CUUGUCUCUCUUCAAUUUGAACGUUUCUGCUGACUGCAAGCUUGCCGACAACAAACUGUCAAAGUCCAAACCCAUCGGCAUCAUUCGGAACGUGUUUGACCGCCAAAAGAGCAGCCCUGCGAUUGCACCUACCCUGCUUCAACCCCUGCACUUGCUCGAGGCAGUGACGCAGCGCACCGACCAUCGCCGAAUCCCCGGCAAAAGCACCACCUUUUCCCCGUCCCCACACAAGACAGACCCGGCCACCUUCGGCAGCUUUAUCAGACAGAGCAUUGCAUUACAGCUCUUUCGUCUACGCACGGAAUCACAUUUCCAACAACCGAAAAACAUCAUCACCGUCUAGCAAGAACCCCGCUGCAAUGGCUCCGCCGCCGCCAGCCGACAUGCCUCUGGUCCAGAGGCUGCAACGAGUGGCCACGACGCUCCAGUUCGCGUGGUUCGCUGGACACGCACUCCUCCUGACUUGCAUCUUCCGAUACACGUUGUCUUGGAUCCGCAUGAAUUACUAUGGACGCCUGGCGCAGUUCUGUUACCGUUUCGCCUUCAUUUCGGCUGCCGGGACUUAUGGCAUAGUCGUCUACAAGACAUGGCGGGCUCGUCAGAAAACGGGAGCGAAGCUACCUAACGGUCCUGUGGGUUAUCUCUCCGACGAGAAUGUGCAGUAUCUCUUGCUGGCCCUCGUCUGGCUCGUUAUGCCCCAGUACACGCUUGCCCUUCUCCCAUACGGCAUCUACUCGGUCUUCCACGUCGCCACUUACAUCCGCGCGACCCUGAUCCCCACCAUUUUCCCGCCGCAGAAGAUCGCUCCGGCCGAUGGCGCUUCUCCUAGCGCCAAGCCCCAGUACACGCAGCACCCGGCUUCGGAUGCCAUCGGACAGUUCGUCAAGCGGUACUACGACUCCUCGAUGUCGGUGGUCUCGACCCUUGAGAUUCUGCUCUGGAUCCGCCUGCUGCUGGGCGCCAUUCUCUUCCAGCGCCGGUCGUGGAUUCUCCUCGCCGUCUACACUGCCUUCCUGCGCGCCCGCUUCGCGCAGAGCAGCCAUGUGCAGAACUCGUUCUCGCAGAUCGAGGCCCGCAUCGACAACCUCGUUGGUGCCCAGGGCACGCCCCCUGCUGCCCGCCAGGUUUGGGACAGCGUGAAGGGCGGCGCGAGAAAGUUCUACGCUGCGACCCACGUCAACAAGUACACCAGCGGCGCUGCGGCUCCUAAGAAGACGUCUUAAGUGGCUAGCGGCCGGAGAGAUAAAUCCGAAUCCACGACAAGAAUGCUUUCCGCUAUACAUGCGGCCAUAAGCACAUCACCCAUUUGGCGGGCGCGCUCUCCGAGAUAUUUGGGAGCUUGCUAUAUUGUGCCGCGGGGUGUCAAUUAGUUAUUCGAGAGGGAGAAUGGUUGCGGACGGCGGAUGUCCGGCGGACUGGGAAAAGGAGGUGCGCUUGUGUGCUGGGAAGGUAUCGGCUGGGUUUCAUCUGGACUUGGCUUGCUUUUGUAGCCUAGACCUAGUCCUGCGG